AUGGAGGACUACGACUUCUCAAGCGAGGGCAUCAUCCUUGUCCUGGGGGUGACUGGAGCUGGAAAAAGCUAUUUUCUGAACCAGCUCAAGAGCCACAGCGCAACAGAGGGUCAUUCUCUGCAUUCAGAGACUUUGCAGUGCAAUGCUGUUCAGAUCUUCCUCGACGACGAAGAGAAGCGCAGCAUCACCGUCGUCGACACGCCGGGCUUCGACGAUACAACACGACCGCAGGGGGAGGUCUUGGCCGAGAUUGCCGAGUUUUUGGCAGCCCAACACGCGCUGGGCGUGCCCCUACGAGGGGUUCUCUACUUGCACAAGAUCACGGAGAACCGCAUGACGGGGUCGUCAAUGACGUACCUCCGGCUCCUCGAAUCGCUCGUUGGAGACCAUGCUCUCGAGAAUGUCAUUCUCGUCACGACCAUGUGGAACCAGUUGAGGGACGAGGAUCGUGGCAAGGCUCUCCGACGCGAACAAGAGCUUCUUGACCGCUACUGGGCGCCCAUGGAGGAGAAGGGUUCGUACGUGGCCCAGUUCGAUGGCACCUCCGACUCGGCGUACGCCCUCGUCUUCCAGCUCGCGGGCAAGGACAGCGUGGUCCUCGACGUGCAGAGGGAGAUCAUCGACGAGGACCGCACCGUGCUGGCCACGUCUGUCGGUUCGGACCUGCUGUGUCGAUUGCAAGACGACGGCGAGGCGUAUCGUCUCGAAGCAGCCGAACUCGAGUCCCGUCUACAGCGGGCGAUGGAGGCGGAGCCGAGGGACAGGGACCUGAUUCGGCAUCUGCGUGAGGAAAAGUCGCACGUAGAAAAGAUCUUGCGCCAGAUGGACGAAUCUGUAAAUCGAAUGAGGGUUCGUCCGGGCUCGUCCAUCCGAGACCGCAUCAGGCAGGCCAUGACAAGCAGCAACAGAGCGGCAAUUGGGGGCGCGGCGGCGAUUCUAGCGGCAGUUGUGAACUUGACCGUGUUUGUGGUCCAGCUGGGGCUUGGGGGGUGA